CAGAAGAAGAAGAAGAAGAAGAAGAAGAAGAAGAAGAAGAAGAAGAAGAAGAAGAAGAAGAAGAAGAAGAAGAAGAAGAAGAAGAAGAAGAAGAAGAAGAAGAAGAAGAAUUAUUUCCGCUUCGGUCUGUCUAAGUAGAUAGUAAUACGGAGUUACUAGACAUUCGGUUAUUAUAUCGUUUUACAGUUAAUCCUAGCAAGUCGAAGUGUGUCGCCUUGGUUGAACUCAAGCUGCUAAGCUAACAGUAGCUACACUACAUCCAGGUAUUGGUUCAUUUUAGGUGACAAUCUUUUUGUGUAAGAUAUAAGCGCGCUGAUUUCACUUAACAAUUUAACAAUUAAAGUACAGUGAUUUUAGUUAGCUACGUUUUCAGCAUUGAUUUAGUCAGAAGAUGUAUCGAGCCAAACCAACAUUGAAAGACCGGCAGCAUCUGUAUAAGCUCAUAAUAAGCCAGCUACUUUACGAUGGAUACACAAACAUCGCUAACAGUUUAAUCAAUGAAGUUAAACCUCAAAGCGUGGUGUCACCAUCUGAACAGCUGGUUCAGCUAGCAAAAAUUGGUAUGGAGAACGAUGACAGUGCUGUGCAGUACGCUAUUGGGCGCUCUGAUACAGUAGCGCCUGGUGUCGGAAUUGAUCUAGAAUUUGAUGCUGAUGUACAGACAAUGUCUCCCGAGGCAUCAGAGUAUGAGACGUGCUAUGUUACCUCACAUAAGGGACCUUGUCGCGUUGCGACAUAUAGUCGUGAUGGCCAACUAAUUGCCACAGGCUCUGCUGAUGCUUCGAUAAAGAUACUGGACACUGAGCGUAUGCUGGCUAAAAGUGCUAUGCCAAUUGAGGUUAUGAUGAAUGAGACAGCUCAGCAAAACAUGGAGAAUCACCCUGUGAUUCGAACACUGUAUGACCACGUCGAUGAAGUCACCUGCCUGGCCUUCCACCCAAACGAACAGAUCCUUGCUUCUGGCUCAAGAGAUUACACCCUCAAACUCUUUGACUACUCAAAGCCCUCUGCAAAAAGAGCAUUUAAAUAUAUACAGGAAGCUGAAAUGCUGCGUUCCAUCUCUUUUCAUCCAUCUGGAGACUUCCUUCUGGUUGGAACACAGCACCCGACCCUGCGUCUUUAUGAUGUCAACACCUUUCAGUGUUUUGUGUCCUGCAACCCUCUGGACCAGCACACAGACACUAUUAGCGGUGUCAGUUACAAUCCCACAGCCAACAGCUACGUCACCUGCAGCAAAGACGGCAGCAUUAAACUAUGGGAUGGUGUCUCCAAUCGCUGUGUGACCAACUUUGACAAAGCUCAUGAUGGAGCAGAGGUCUGCUCGGCCAUCUUUACAAAGAACUCGAAGUACAUCCUCUCCAGUGGGAAAGAUUCAGUGGUCAAACUGUGGGAAAUAUCAACAGGCCGAAUGUUGGUGAAAUACACAGGUGCUGGUCUAAGUGGCCGUCAGAUGCAUCGUACACAGGGCGUGUUUAACCACACAGAGGAUUAUGUUCUUCUUCCUGAUGAGCGCACCAUCAGCCUGUGCUGCUGGGAUUCCCGUACAGCAGAGAGGAAAAACCUGCUCUCUCUGGGUCACAACAACAUUGUCCGCUGCAUUGUCCACUCGCCCACCAAUCCUGGUUUCAUGACUUGCAGUGAUGACUUCAGGGCUCGUUUCUGGUACCGGCGCACCACCACCGAUUGAUGACCUUUACCGCCACAACCUUUGCCCGAGAGAAACAAAGGAUUCCACACCCAGGACUCUUGGGGCAGCAACAACGGGAAAAAAAAUGCUGUGGAGUCUUUCAGUCGGAUGUAUUAAAAUUUAGAUUUUUCUUUGCUUAGGAAUUGUCCCCUCUUUUCAAUACUAUUUUGUCAAACUCACUCAUCAUCCACAUAGACCAUAAAGUGUUUGUUUCCCCCCAGCACUUUUUAGUUUUGCAUAUGUUGCAAUACUUUUUACAAAUCUUUUUUUUUUUUUUACAUUGUUUCUGUGUAUAGAUAGAAUAAAAAAAAAAAAACCACACAGAUCCCUUAACAGUAAUGACAAGACUGAUGUUAGGCAAGUGGUCAACCUGCUGGAGGCACACAUCUGUACUCCUUGAGCUUCUGCGGUUUCCUUUCUGUGGUCUGCUAAUACAACCUCCUCUUGUGUACAAAUGUCAAUUCAUUUUCUAAUUAAUGGCCUCUGCAGUGAACUUUUGAUAAUUACGGGGGUGUGUGUGGGGGGGGGGGGGCAAGACAGCUGCAGGUGUGUGCGUGCGCGUGUCUCCUCUGGAGAUGUGUAAAUGUGUAAAUCAGAAUCAUCUUAAAUGACAUUAAGCAGCAUCUUCCCCACUUGGGGUGGAAAAUGACCUGACCUGCGUGACAGCUCAUACAAUGUGAGACUGAUGAGAACUAAAUCAUACUUUCACAUCAGUCACAUCAUUGAAAUGGUUCACUAAAACCAACUGUGAAAAGACUUGAUCUCUGUGGGCACUGAAGAAAACUUAAACAAUGUGAGUCCUAUAGUUCCUCAGUUAAACAUGAUAAAACGACGCUUUUGAAAAUGUUUUUGCAUUUCAGCAUGGAAUGCAAACAAGCACAAAAGGUCAUACUUUACAUGUUA